AUGGAAAGGCAUGACAUUCGUGCCGAACAUGGUAUUUUCGCCGGCAGAUUUAUUUCGCGUAAACGAAAACAAUGGUGUGAAAACGUUUUGAUCGCUAAAAAGAAAAAACCAAACGAGCCAACGACGGUUGACUGCGUCCACGCAGGACGUCGAAUAGUCGAGUUAGGGUGCCUCGCGGAUACAUUGUGGUGCAACCAGUGCGAUGAGCCACUAUCCCUGCGUAAUACAGAAUCCGAAGUAUUGAAGGGUCUUGCAAGUGAGCUCGACGUUCGGUGUACGCAUUGUAACGAGCUAAACAAAGUAGCUACGGGAAGAAGCAAGUACAGCGAUACUCUUCGGAAUCGCUUCGACGUAAAUUUCAAGCUCGGCAUCGGAAAGAUUGACAGAUUGACACCGGCAUUGGUAAAGUACAAUGGAUUGUGUUUCUUCUUUGAACCUUUGUCUGAAGAAGUCAAUAAUUCAUGUAGAUUCGAUGGGCUCAGGCAUAACGACACCGAGGAAAUGCGAGAUUGGCCAACCGACUGGAGUGGAAUGGUUCCUCUGAAGGCAAGUUACGACGCAGGGUGGCAAAAGCGUGGCACAGGCCACUGCUAUAAUAGUCUCGCGGGUCAUGGAUCCCUGAUAGGAUAUUACAGUGGACUCGUUCUGGCGUACGCUACACGCACAAAAAAAUGCACAAUGUGCGAGAAGGUUCACGAACCAUCGGACCACAAUUGCCGAUUAAAUUUUGAUCGAAGUGCGAAAGCUAUGGAGCCGGACAUAGCCGUUGAACAAAUCGCUAAAAAUGAUCUUUUAACGGAAGCAAAUGUCGCAAUCGCAGUACUAAUCGCAGAUGACGAUGCUUCGUCGAUCGCUGCAGUACGCCGAGAGUCCUCUCACAGAGUUGAAAAAUGGUCCGAUCUGAACCACGCCAAAAAAGGCCUCACAAGUGCACUGUAUCAUGCGUAUGGAAAGCACGAUAAGUGCGGAAACUGGUGCCGAUCGCAUACGGACGAAAACUAUGUACACGAGGGUCUUCCAGAUAGAAAGCCGCUGACGGAUUCGGAGCUGCGGGCAAAUCUGACGAACAUAUUCACGAAGUACGUCAAUAACGCUAGUAAGCUUGCUCCUUGCGGUUCUUCCCAGGCGAAUGAGAACUUCAACCGUAUCGUCUGCAGCAAGCAUCCCAAGAAUCAAUUUUACGGCGUCUCCGAGUCGAUGGCCUUCAGAGUAGCAGCAGCGGUGUGCCAAAAAAAUCUUGGUACGCAAUACAUUUCUCAAAGAUCCGCCAAAAACGCUUCUGCCCAAAGACGAGAAGGACUCACGUACGAAUCGAACUCCGGAUUGGAAGGAGUGUCGGAGCUGCUAUGGGAUAAGCCAGAUCAAGAAGGUACAAAUUACAUCAUUUUCGCCACGUUGCAUGUGUACUUCUUUCAGAUUUCUGCAGCUACGGAAACCAAAACCUUCAACGCAUAUAUGGUUCCGAAAAGCAUGACGCCUGGUGCUGCUGCAACGACUGGCCUUCAAGUACGCGCCGGUGAAAUAUUCGAUGCACCCAUGAUUCUGCGCACUAUGCGUAAGUUCGGAUUACUCACCGAUUUCAUGUCUGUGGUCAGAGGAUUCGCGGAUACGCUGCCGAUGUUUCGAACUCUCCUCGUCGAGCGGAGAAAAAAGAAGAAAAAGUUCAGUCAGACUGUUCUGGCUCAGGACUUUUUGGGGCCGAGCGCAAUCGAAGGAGCACACGACGCCCAAAAUGAUAUUCGAAUCUUGAGGCAGCUAAUAAAUACCAUUGGUAUUGACAACGAAGCAAUCAAAGUCGCGGCCAAAACCACGAAUAAUAUCGUGAAAGAGCAAGAAAAAAUGGUUGUUGAACAGACAAACAAAGCUGCUUUGCAAAGCCUGAAGCCAGGAGUAUCCGCAGGAAUGAUUGCGAAGAUGGCGAAAGCUGGUCUUUCACUGGACGUACUUCAGAAAGCGUAUAGCGAUGGAAACGAACAUGCGGUGAAGAUGCUUCUCGCAGAAGAUAUUGGAGGCCGACCGCGUGUUACGAAGGCCGAGAGAAUAAUAAAAGCAGUCGUGGAAGAGCUGAAACGUCAAAAUGUUACGUAAAUCUGGGCGGAUAUGCCGAUUUAUGCAUUUAUAAUG